AUGGCAGAUUGUGAUCAGAAUGGUCCGUUAAUCGUGAAAGUGACCAAGCUUUAUCCUAAAUCGGAUUGCAGUAUUUUCAAUGCAUUCGGCCGUGUCUAUAGCGGAAAAUUGAUGACUGGUCAGACAUUAAGAGUUCUGGGAGAAGGCUAUUCACCUGAUGAUGAGGAGGACAUGGCAGUUGAAGAAGCAACAAAGCUUUGGGUCUAUCAAGCUCGUUACAGGAUACCGAUUAGCGAGGCUCAUCCUGGUUCUUGGGUGCUAAUUGAGGGUGUGGAUGCAUCCAUAAUGAAGACUGCUACACUCUGUAAUCAGGAUUAUGAUGAUGAAGAUGUGUACAUAUUUCGGCCUCUCCGAUUUAAUACCCUCUCUGUGGUGAAAACAGCAACUGAACUACUGAACCCAAGUGAGCUACCUAAAAUGGUAGAGGGUCUUAGAAAGAUUUCAAAAAGUUACCCUUUGGCAAUAACAAAAGUGGAGGAAUCAGGGAAGCAUACAAUUCAGGGCACUGGAGAACUUGAGCUGGAUUCGAUUAUGAAAUACUUGAGAGAACUCUACUCAGAGGUGGAAGUAAAGGUUGCUGAUCCUGCUGUGUCAUUCCGAGAAACCGUGGUGGAGACGUCUUCAAUGAAGUGUUUUGCUGAAACACCCCACAAGAAAAAUAAGAUCACCAUGAUUGCUGAACCCCUGGAGAGAGGACUUGCGGAGGAUAUCGAAAAUGGUGUUGUCAGCUUGGAUUGGCCUAAGAAGCAACUCGGGGAUUUCAUGCAGAAAAGCUAUGAAUGGGACUUGUUAGCAGCAAGAUCAGUAUGGGAUUUUGGUCCUGAUAAACAAGGUCCUAACGUCAUGUUGAAUGAUACAUUACUCCCGGAGGAAGCCGACAAGGAAUUACUAAAUGCUGUGAAAGAUUCCAUUGUUCAGGGUUUUCAGUGGGGUCAGAUAAUUCCGACAGCUCGCCGUGUGGCCUAUUCAUCUUUCCUGAUGGCAACUCCCAGGCUCAUGGAACCAGUUUAUUAUGUGGAGAUACAAACUCCUAUAGACUGUGUCCCUGCCAUAUAUACCGUCUUAGCCCGAAGGCGCGGUCAUGUGACUGCAGAUGUUCCUGAGCCAGGGACCCCGGCUUACAUUGUAAAGGCCUUUUUACCAGUGAUCGAAUCAUUUGGAUUCGAGACGGACCUGAGGUAUCAUACUCAGGGUCAGGCAUUCUGUGUCUCGGUUUUCGACCACUGUGCUGUUGUUCCUGGAGAUCCUCUUGACAAUAACAUAGUCCUGAAGCCUCUUGAACCUGCACCGAUUCAGCAUUUGGCUCGAGAGUUCAUGGUUAAGACGCGGCGUCAAAAGGGAAUGAGCGAAGAUGUCAGCAUCAACAAGUUCUUCGAUGAAGCUAUGGUGAUGGAGCUUGCUAAACAGGCUACUGAUCUCCAUCAACAUAUGAUUUGA